AUGGAGAUUAGAUCAAUUAUUAAUUUCUAUCCUGUCGAUUGUGGUGGUGAACAAUUCGUUAAAACCGAAUAUUAUCAAAAACAGUUGCAGCCGCAACAACCACCGCAGCAACCCCAAGAACAAUAUUCUAUGUUGCCGAUUUCAGGUUCCACCUCCCCUCAACAACCUGUACCAAAUGUGGUUUUCUCACCAAAUUCACAACUUUCCCAGUUUGAUAAUAAUGAUCAAAAUGUUAAAUUCGAACCUGUUUCUUCCACACCAAUCAAGUCAGAAUUUGGUGGUUAUAAUCUCGAUAUGGAUUCGGUCUCGAGCGCUGGAUCUUCCCCUCAUAUUGUGGCUUCAAAUGAUUUUGAAAAUCAUCAAUUCAAUUAUAAUUAUCCACUUUGUGAAGAGCCUCAAAGUGAAGCUACUUCACCAACAACAGAACUUCAUUUCCCUUUAAAUGAUCAAAUUGCUCAAUAUUAUGAGCUUUGCGGUCGUUCAUCAAUCGAUCAUCAAAAUUCUCAACCACCAUUUGAUCAAAUGCGUUUUAUCAUUUAUGAACCUCGUCAAAAUGAUAAUACAUCACUCGUUCCAAACAUUAAUUCACAAAAUACUUAUGGGAUGUGGCCAGUAUCUAUUCAACAAAAUGGGAACAUUGAUAAUAGAAGUAUUCCCACCAAUCCACAACCCAUGCAACCGAUUUCAUUUGAUUAUCCAUCAAAUCCAGUAUUGAAAAUCUCCCGAGGUUCAAAAUAUGAAAACUAG